AAAAAUAUAUUAGUACAAUAUUAAACAGGAGACAAAAGGAUCUUCACUGGGCACUAAAGGUACACUUGGGGUUAGCAAAAGAAGAAAAGGGAUGUAGAAUAGUUGAUGAGAACUAGAGAUUGACAUGGUAGAUUCAAAUGGGCAACCAUAAUAUUUAAAACAAAACAAAACAAAACAAAAAACUCUGGGCUUGAAUCAGAAGAUCAGAGUUUGAGUCCUGGCUUCCACAGUUACCAGUCACAUAACCAUGGGGAAUUUACCUGAACACCUCUGAGCCUCAGUUUCCUAGUGUGUAAAAGGAAGGAUAACAUUUGCACUAAAGAUCUCACCAAGUUGUGUUUGGGAGAGAAGUUUGUUAACCUAACAGCUCUACAUAAAUGUGUUAGUUUAUCACAUACCCAAUGUGAUCUAACCUCUGGCUGGAACUACUACUAGUUAGGCCUACCAAACAGCUAUAAAUCUGUAAAGCUGUAUCUGCACGCCCCCUUCGCCUUAUAAUCAGGGUCUAACUUCCAACUCCCCCUUGUUUCUAAAUCCUUCUCUCCAAGGCGCUCAAGGUUGUCGAUGCUCUUCUUCCUUACUCUCGGGCUUAAGCGAACUCCCUACCCCUCCAGAAGGGUCUCCGGACCGCCUCGCUCCCUUGCCCCGCUCUUCGCCCUACACCCUCGGCAGACGAGGAGCGCAGCAGUCUGCACAGCAGGCAGACCCGCCCCGGACAGACCCACAGGGAAGCGCUGACCUUCCGCUUCUACCGUCCUCUCUGCGCGCAUGCCUAGACUGCCUCAAAGGAAGGAGUUUUACAAGAUCGGGAGAUGUUUGCCAAUUGCUGUGGUUCCAGGCACCUCCCUUCCGAGGGCAGGGCUAGCCAGCACAGUGGUAAAGUUUCAGCUUUUGGGGAGCCAAUGCGGAAGGGAAAUGAGGGCUCUUAAGCCAGGUCGCGGCUCUUGUCUCCUGGGGUUUGGCUCUUCGUGUGGCUCCUGCUGACGGCUGCGCAGACAAAGCUCAGGAUUUUAGGUUGCUCUGGCAUUUUAUGUGAACUGGAAAAGAGUGGAUCUGUGAACUUUUAAACGUAAACUAUAUAAAUGAAUAUAAAUAUUUGAUGAGAAACUUAUGAAGAGAAGAUGAACAAAACAAUAACUUCAUCAACAUAUGUAAGGUGCCUAAAUGUUGGCCUGAUUAGACAGCUGGCAGAUUUUAUUGAUCCUCAGGAAGGAUGGAAGAAGUUAGCAGUUGAUAUAAAAAAGCCUUCUGGAGAUAGUAGAUAUAACCAAUUUCAUAUAAGGAGAUUUGAAGGAUUACUUCAAACUGGAAAGAGUCCCACUAGUGAACUACUCUUUGACUGGGGAACCACAAAUUGUACAGUCGGAGACCUUGUAGAUCUUUUAAUCAGAAAUGAAUUUCUAGCCCCAGCACGCCUGUUGCUGCCAGUUAACUUUGCAGAUAAUGUUCCAGAAAAUGUUCAUAUACUCCCACAAGAAGAAAUAGCUGUUCAAAAGAAAUUGCUACCUUUUUGUGAUGAAGAAAAGACACAUGUGAAACCUGGAUUUAUUCAGAAUCAUGAACAAAUCUCUUCACCUCUGGACUCCUCAAGACCAGACAUGAAAAGUUUAGAAGUUAGUGAUACAUGUUUUCAGAGUUUUUCAUUUUAUGAAUUAAAAAGUGUUACAAAUAACUUUGAUGAGCACCCUAUAUCAGCUGGUGGAAACAAAAUGGGAGAGGGAGGCUUUGGAGUUGUAUAUAGAGGCUAUAUCAAUAACAGAACCGUGGCAGUGAAGAAACUUACAACUAUGGCUGAUAUGUGUACUGAAGAACUAAAACAACAGUUUGACCAAGAAAUAAAAAUUAUGGCAAAGUGUCAACAUGAAAACUUAGUAGAACUACUUGGCUUCUCAAGUGAUAAUGACAACUUCUGUUUGGUGUAUGUCUAUAUGCCUAAUGGUUCAUUGCUUGACAGACUAUCUUGUCUGGAUGGCACUGCACCACUUUCCUGGCAUACACGAUGCAAAAUUGCUCAAGGUACAGCUAAUGGCAUCUACUACUUACAUGCAAACAAUCAUGUUCAUAGAGAUAUUAAAAGUGCAAAUAUUUUACUUGAUGAGGACUUCAUACCCAAGAUUUCUGACUUUGGACUUUCACGAACUUCUGCAAAGUUUAACCAAACAGUCAUGACUAGCAGAAUUGUGGGAACCACAGCCUAUAUGGCACCUGAAGCUUUGCGAGGGGAGAUAACACCUAAAUCUGACAUUUAUAGCUUUGGUGUGGUCUUGCUAGAAAUAAUAACUGGACUUCCAGCAGUGGAUGAGCAACGUGAACCUCAAUUAUUGCUAGAUAUCAGAGAGGAAAUCGAAGAUGAAGAAAAGCAUAUUGAAGAUUAUAUUGAUGCAAAAAUGAAGGAUGUGGAUUCCACUUCUGUUGAAAAUAUGUAUUCUAUUGCUAAUCUUUGUCUUCAUGAAAAGAAAAACAAGAGACCAGACAUUGAGAUGGUAAAACAGCACCUCCAAGAGAUGACAUCCUGAUUUCCUAAGAUUUUAUUAAGAUACCAUCUAAAUUAAUCUUGGAUAUUGACUCCCAGGUUUGUUGGUCCAGAAAAAAAAAUGUUAAUAUAUAAAGUUUUGGAACCUCAUCCUCUGCAUCAGAACCUGAAUCUGAAUUUUAACUUAUUUUAAAUUUCCCUUGCUUCAUAAUCUGGCUCAGCUAUAGUCAGACUAUGAGCCUAUACCAACUUGCAUAGCUCUCUUCAGGAACAAUUUUAUAAUCCUAAUGUAGUUGAAGAUUUAAAGGAUAAGUUUUACCAUAGUGCACCAGUAGAUCAAAAGGAACCCUAAUUUUAUAGUAUUUUUUCCUUUUGCUAUAUAGGAUACAAUCAUAUUCGAUCUUUUUGCUAUAGUAAAUAUGAUUCAAGAAAGAACUUUAAUCAUUUUCUUCUGUAUUUAGCAUAUAAUGGUUAAUUUUUAAAGCUGUUGUGAUAGAAAUUAAGGUAAACUGAGGCACAAAGUUCCCAGAACAUUCCAUUUAUUGGUAAGGCUAGCAAUUACCAAUAAAAAGGGUCUAGACAUCUCAGUCAAAAGACCAUGAGGGUAGUGCUUACUAGCCUUCAUAUAGUUAUGGGAAAUACAACAGAACAAAGAACAUGAAGCAUAAAAUAAUGGUUACAAAAUCUGAAGUAUCAUAGAGGAUGGAAAACAAUGUAAUUGGAUGGAAGUCAGGAAUGCAGGACUAAAAACAACCCUUCUUCCAUCUUGUUGCUAUGGAAAGCUCAUUGCUGUUAUCCACCUGCAUGGAUAACAGUUCAGACUUUCAUGAAAGACAGCCAGCAUUGCAGAGGUAUCAGACUUCCUGGCACCCACCUGCAUCUUGCAAGGCUUGUUAGUGAGAUAACAGAGACAACAUAUUUUUUUUGAAUUAAGGUGAUUUAUGGGACAAUUUAGCGCAGAGAGGAAAGCUGAGCUGAACCUAAUUGAGAAAAAGAAACAUGGCUUAGGCAAUUACAUAACAUAUAGGGGAUAAUACAGAAUAGAAUGUUACAAAAUGGAAUCAGAAUCAAUUUGAUUUUCUCACUGUGAAUUGAUUCAACCAUUCUGGAAAGCAGUUGGAAUUAUGCUAAGAAAGUAACCCUCCCAGAGAUGUGACUGCAGAAUGUGAGAUUUCAUAUAUGCCAAAAUAAGCAUAGCAAGCACUUUUUAUGGUAGCAAGAAACUAAUUCCCAUUCACUGGAGGAUGACUAAAUACAUUUUACUAUGAAAUGUAGUUGUACUGUGCAGGAUGAAACAAAUAUAAAGAAUUGAGAGGCUUGGGAAGAUAUGAGAUAUAAUGAAAUGAAAAAAAGAACCAAGAAAAUAAUACAUAGAGUGGCUACAACAAAACAAAAAAAAUGCACAAGGGCCACAAAAAGGAAUACUGUGUAAUUAUAAUGCACAAACUUGCCUUCAAAGAAAAUACACAUCCCUUUUUUGCAGAAGUGAGAAUUCUGGGAGUAGAGCAUUGCUUGUUAUACUUGGUUGGUGUGUCUGUUUUGCCAAAAUGCUUCUUUUUAAUAUUUUUUUUUUGUUUCAAGAGAUAGUUCUCAGUAGAGGGGGAGGAAGAGGGUAAUAGUUGUAAAUG